AUGAACGCAUUAGAGAUGCUGAUCAAGAAUACCCCCACGAUCGACGAUACCGGUGCUGUUGAUAAUGACGAGGUCAAAGUCAAUCAGGCCUCAAGCGAUGCUUCUGCUGAUAAGCAGCACUAA